AUGUAUAACCCGCAUGUUAAGGAUGAGGAGGUGAGGGCUUUUAUGGGGAGGUAAAUGGACAAUGUCUCCUCGGCAAGGCUCCUCAAAGACUCGCUAGGGUUCUGGAACGGGAGGAGAAGCUUCCAGGCUCUGUUGAGGAAAGACCCAAAGGGCCUGGGAGGUUACCUUCAUCUUACAGCUCUGUUCUCCCUUGGGGCUGACAGGGGGACAUUGUUUUAUGCCCGUCAGCCCCCUUUCUGCAGACGAUGCAUGGCCUAUGGCCAUAAUUUCGCCUCAUGUGGGGCGAAGAAAUGCAGGGUGUGUGGGUCUGAGGCACAUGAGGUGCGGGACUGUGACGAGUCGAAGAAGUGCCACAGGUGUGGAUCGUCAGCACACCUGUGGAGGGAGUGUACGGCUCGUCACAAGUCGUAUGCAGCUGCAGCUGGUGGGGGAGCAGGGGAUGGAGGAGGAAGAGGAGGAGGAGUUCCAGACCCAAGCGCAGGGCCAGAGGCAAUACCAUCGACGACGGAGGAGGAGCCGAAAACAGCAGUGGGAGGAGAGGGGGACGGGCAGGGGACUGCCGUAGCAGUUCUGGAAGGAGAGGUGGUGCCGGAGACGGAGGCGGCGGAGGGAGAGGAGGUCGGGGAGGAGCCAGCCACAGCCCUGGGAGGAGAGGAGAAGGGGGGAGAGGGGGGGCCGGAGUAG